AUGUCCGGCUUUGAUAGUAACCCGUUUGCUGAUCCAGAGGCGUCGAAUCCGUUUGCGGAUCCGUCUGUACAACAAGCUACAGGAACAGGUGGUAAUAGAACUGGUGCUCUAGAUGAUUAUAAUCCAUUUGAUCAAGGAAAUCAAACCAGACCUGCUGCUGGUGGAGCUGGUGUUCCUCCUCCCAAGUCAUCCCAGCCUGCAAUCAUGACACCAUCUGAAGACCCCCCUCCACCUUACUCUCAGUCUUCAGCACAGAAAGUUGAUACAAGUGAAUUACAGAGGAGACAAGAGGAACUAGAAAAGAAGGCUGCAGAAUUACAAAGAAAAGAACAAGAUUUGAAAAACAUGCAAGCUGGAAGUAGAGAAAAUAAUUUUCCACCAUUCCCCAAGUGGUUUCCAGUUGGACCCUGUUUUUACCAAGAUUUCAGUGUAGAUAUUCCCUUAGAAUUUCAACGUAUUGUUAAAUUUGUCUACUAUUUAUGGAUGUUCCAUACAGUAGUGUUAUUUCUAAAUCUAUUAGCUUCAUUAGCCUAUUUUAUUGUUGAAUCAUCUGGUGGAACGUGUUUUGGAUUGUCUAUAUUAUGGUUUGUCCUGUUUACUCCUUGCUCAUUUGUCUGUUGGUAUAGACCAUUAUACAAGGCGUUCAGGAGUGAUAGUUCAUUCAACUUUUUCGUGUUCUUUUUUGUUUUUUUCUUUCAAUUCUGUGUAUAUGUUAUACAAUGUUUAGGAUUGACCGAUUUCACAGUAGGGUGGAUAAAUGGAUUAAAAACCAUCGGUACCAGUUCCGGAGCGGGUGCUGUCAUGUUAUUUGUAGCUUUAUUCUUCACAUUGGAAGCUGUAUGCUCUCUUGUGUUACUAAUAAAGGUUCAUCGAAUCUAUAGAAGCACUGGUGCUAGCUUCCAGAAAGCACAGGCUGAGUUUGCUACAGGUGUCAUGAGAAAUGAAGGUGUACAAACAGCCACUGCCCAGGCUGCUGCAGGAGCUGCUAGAGGUGUGGCCCAGCAAUAUGGCACUGGUGGAAAUCGUUAUUAGAAGAUAGAGAAAACUUACUGGAGUAUAUCAUGAGAUAGGGAAAAUCAGUAUUUAGACAGGCGAAUUAUACAAAUCCAAAUCUGUUAUGGAAAUUUUACAUGGAUGCCAAUUUUUUCGUGAUUUUUUUUUCAUGAUUGGAAAAAUUCAAUUAUUGUAAACAGACAGUGUUCGUCUGUCCAAAUACUUUGAUUAUUGAUAAAGAAAGUUGAAGAUUAGUGGUAUAUGAUAUAUGUGAUGAUACGCAAAGUUUAAAAUCUUAAUUUAUUUUGUGCAAAUGUUUAUGCUUUAUUAUUAUUAUAGUUGCUUUUUACAAGAUCACCUAUGUGACUAAGAAAGAUGAGAUGAACUGAUAAAUUUUAAAGCUUAUUUGGGUGGUCUUAAAAAAUAAAACAUUAUGAUUUUUGAAAAAUUCUGUUGUUUGCUAUAGCUAUUAUUUUUCAACCAUAUUCAAUACUUAGUAGCAAGUUGAGGAAACGUUCAUUUCAACAUUUUUUUUUUUUUUUUUUACGUGUGUCCCUCUUAUAUUAUCAUUCCAAUCUGUAUGUUUAUAUGUUGUGAGCAAAUCUUAUGAACUUUUUAUGAUUCAGCCUUUUCUUCUCUUAAACAGAAAAAUGGUAAAUUAAUCUAUGCUUAUUUUUGCUUGUUCGAAACAAACUAAUAAAUAAAUAAAAUUUUGCUCAAUCUAUAUUUCGAAAAUUUACUUUCAUCACAAAAGAAUUCUAGAAAGGGAGGUAACUCUAAAAGCAAAAUCUUUUUGUUUGGUGAUAAUGUAUGCUUUUGUUUGUAUGUUUCCAUGUAAUAUGUCAUAUACAAUAUUCAUUAUCAAAUGAACCAAUACCUGACCAAAGUUACACCAAUUUAAACCUUUAUUUAGCUUUUCCAGACCAUGUACGGGGCAAUAGAAAAGCACCUUCAUAAGAAUGUAGAAUUUAUGAUAUAGGACACUAGCUCUGUUAAACACUUUUUCCAUGUAACUUAGAUUUUUGAUGUACAUGUAUUAAAAGAGAUUCUUAAAUAGUUCUUUAAAUCUAUCCUUCUAUCAUUUACUAUUGUGGUUUAAGUAUUGUGGAUUAUUUCAUUGCAGUUGUGAAGUAGCGAAAUCACUGGCACAGGAAUAUGUAGGUAUAGACUCCAAGAUUAGUGAUCCCAUUCAUCUGUUGGGUACAAAAUCCAUUUGUGAACUCGGCUAAGAAUUAAGUACAGAAGUCUAAAAAUAAAAAUAUUAAAACAGUGGACAAGUGGACUGUUCGAGUCGAUGGUCAGGAUAUGAUGAACUUCUGUUUUAUACCUUGACUACAAUAGCCACCUUCUAGUUUUGUAAAUGUAGUGCAGCUAAUCAGAUCCCUCAAUAAAUUGUCUGUAAAUGAUAAUCCAUAAUGUUAACAGUCUGUCUGUUGAGUGCUCUGAUUGGCUGUAAUCGCUGGCAUACAAUCUGAACAAAUUGCUGCAUUCUGUAAUCCAAGAAAAAUGAUUAUUGUAGUCAAGGUAUAAGAGAAAGUUUAUAGUAUCUAGACAAAUGUGUGUCUGUACAACUACCGAUGUUAGAUUUUGAUUGAAAUAGUCCAGAUAGCAUUGCAUAAAAUUCUGAGUAAUAUUAACUAGCUUCUGUUUUAAUAUUUCUAUAUAUGGCUCUGUUACUAAUUAAUUAACUGUGUUAUUGAAUAUUGAAAUAUAUAAUUAAAAAUAUGCAGAUUAUGAAGUUUCAGUGUGCUUGUGAGUAAUGAAAUUAGUAUAUACAGUGAGAGGGUUUCUAACAAUAACCAUACCUAUUUUAAUUGUAUUAUAUAUUGUUGUUAUUUGUAUUAUAUUCAUUGUAAUUGGACUAAUGAAAUUUGCGGUAUAUAUAGUUAGGGAGACAUCAUUAAUUUCUUGAAUUAACCCACUGAAAAAAAGGAAAUAAAAUAUUUCAUAUUUAAAGGGAAAGGUUCACCAUUUUUUUAAAAGAAAGCGUAAUUCCUAGUUUUUGAGGGUAUUUUUG